CUUUCCUGAAGAAUUCAUAAUCCAAGAUUUAUGAUUAUUCUUCCCACUGCCCAAACUGUCUUCCUCCCAUCCGAAGCCUGGUGGUGUCAGUAUCAAUGGAAUAAACUGGUCCCAUGAUCUGUCUACAGUGUGGGAGACCUGGGUUCCAUCCCUGGGUUGGGAAGAUCUGCUGGAGAAGGAAAUGGCCAUCCACGCUAGUACUAUUGCCUGGAAAAUCCCAUGGACAGAGGAGCCUGGUAGGCUACAGUCCAUGGGGUCACAAAGAGUCGGACACGACUGAGCGACUUCACUUUCCUAUGAUAUGCUUUAGAGAGUCCCAGAUGGAUUGCCGGUAACCUGGGCCCACGUGCACAAAAUAUCAUUCUUUAAUGUCUGGCUCCUGGAAAGAUGGUUUUUGUACUGCUGCGAAAUGUAUUCCCAUUGUAACUACCUGCCUUGGGUAAACGGAGUGUGUACUGAGCUUUCUUUGGUUUCUGACAGCACAGGAGAGGAUGGCGUAUAUACCGUUAGCUAUGAUGGAGAGAAUAAAUUUCGCAUACUUCAGGUGAACUAUAGUCAACAUAUUAUUUUUUAUCUCAAGAAUUUCAGCGACUUGUACCAACUGCUAGAGCUCUACGCCCGAGAACCAGAUACGAGUCCAGAACUCAAGAACGAGUUUGUGGAAAUUUGCCAAAAGUAUGGAGUUGUUAAGGAAAACGUUAUUGACCUGACCAAAGUGGAUCGCUGCUUGCAGGCGCGAGGGAAUGGAGCGGCCUAGGGCUGCAGUUUGUGCCACCUCAUUUGGGCUCCAGAAUCUUCUCUUCCAUGGUUCCCACAUCAUCUUAUGACAAGUGCUGGGGCCUGACUUCCACCACUAUCGCACGGGAAGGCACCGUCUCUGCAUCUUCAGGAUAUUCCCUAAUUAUCUAGGAAGACUUAGCAGCUCACUGAGAAUCAAAGUUGCCUCCAGAUUUCCGAUGCCCUUUGCCCCAUUCAGGACAGCAGGUCCAUGAAUAAGACCUUCCUCAACCUGUUCAAUAAAUGAUUUGCCUUGCA